AAAAUCGAAUUAGAAAAAGUUGGAUCCAUCAGUGAAAAAUUUUGCAUAUUUUAAUUAUUAUUUUUUUUCUCAAUCGAAAUAAAAUGGAUAGUCGCGUAUAAAACAGAACGAUACGAUAAACAAUCAGUAGUGCAUCGAAUAAAGUUGCCUAUUAGCGAAUCAAAAUGUUGGGAGCCGUUUCGGGUUUAAAACGCUUACAUCAACUAGAUUCGCUAAUUAUCGAAAAUGGUGAGUCCCAUAGUGGCCUGCUGCUGGACGCAUCCGAUGCCGUCCAGGCAACGGGCAAAAAAUCGGUUUCCGUUGAAGGUUUGCUGGAUUGUUUACUGGUUCUGUACGACGAAUGUUGCAAUUCGUCGCUGCGACGGGAGAAAACCGUUUCCGAUUUCAUUGAUUUGGUGAAACCGAUUGUGCAAGUUAUCAAACGUUUACGAUUGACUCGAGAGGAUUUUGAAGUGGUUAAAGUGAUUGGCCGCGGUGCAUUCGGUGAAGUGUGUGUGGUUCGAAUGAUAACAACAAAUCAAAUAUUUGCGAUGAAAAUAUUGAACAAAUGGGAAAUGUUGAAGCGUGCAGAAACAGCGUGUUUCCGAGAAGAACGUGACGUACUUGUGUUCGGCGAUCGAAGAUGGAUAACGAACCUUCAUUACGCCUUUCAAGACGAAAACAACUUGUAUCUUGUAAUGGACUACUAUUGCGGCGGUGACUUGUUGACUCUGUUGAGUAAAUUUGAAGAUCGCUUACCGGAAGAUAUGGCACGAUUUUACAUCGCUGAAAUGGCAUUGGCCAUUGAUAGUAUUCACAAGCUGAAUUAUGUUCAUCGAGACAUCAAGCCGGACAAUGUUAUCCUCGACGCUACCGGUCACAUUCGCUUAGCUGAUUUCGGAUCCUGUUUGAAACUUGGAGUCGAUGGAACUGUACAAUCGAAUGUCGCUGUUGGUACUCCAGACUAUAUUUCACCGGAAAUUCUGAGAGCAAUGGAAGAUGGUCAGGGACGAUAUGGGACCAUUGUCGAUUGGUGGUCACUGGGCGUUGUCAUGUACGAAAUGCUGUACGGUGAAACUCCAUUUUAUGCCGAAAGUCUAGUCGAAACGUACGGCAAAAUAAUGAAUCACAAAAAUUGCUUUGACUUUCCACCCGAAGAAGGCACCGAUUAUGAAGUCAGCGACAACGCUAAAGAUCUGAUGCGUCGACUGAUUUGUUCGCCCGACUAUCGAAUGGGUCGUAACGGCAUUGACGACUUCAAAACACAUCCCUGGUUCGACGGCAUCGAUUGGGAUACGAUACGUUCCGGCCAGGCACCGUACAUACCUGAAGUGUCCAGUCCAACGGAUACGUCCAAUUUCGAUGUUGACGAUAAUGACAUUCGAUUGUCCGACGCUCUGCCACCAACCACAAAUUCUGCAUUUACCGGCCUACAUUUACCGUUCAUCGGUUUCACAUUCACCCAGACGAGUUGUUUGUCCGAUGUGGGUAAAAUAAUCAGAGGAAAUGAAUUGAACAACGAAACAAAAACUGCAAAUAGCAUCCAGCAGACCGAGGAGAAACGUCUUAGUCCAGACAGUACCCGGCGGCUUCGCGACGAAAUCAAUGUGUUAACGAAGCGAAAUUGUGAGCUGGAAAGCCAAGUGAAAAGCUUUGAGUUUCAAGAAAUGAAUACGAAACCCACCCUGGAUGAUGUCGACGGACAUUGGGAGUCGAAGAUUAAGGAGCUUGAGAAGAUGAUACGUCAAUUGAAGCAGGAAAAGGAGGAACUAAGCAAAGAUAAGACUGACACAAUCGAUAAACUCAAACUACAGGACAAAGAAUUGAAGGAUGCACUUGGUCAACGGAAAAUGGCAAUGGCUGAGUAUGCAGAAGUCACUGAUAAACUGUCGGAAUUGAGAACUCAGAAACAGAAAUUAUCUCGACAGGUGCGAGAUAAGGAAGAGGAACUGGAAACGGCGAUGCAGAAAAUCGACAGCCUUCGGAACGACAUUAGAAAAGCUGAUAAAAAUCGUCGAGAAUACGAAUCACGGAUCGAUGAUGUAAUUGCUGAAGCAACGAAGGAACGCAAACUCCGAGAGCGAAGUGAAGAGUAUUGUCGACAACUACAAGCUGAAGUUCGAACACGAAGCACGUCCGAUUUCGGUUCAUCGUCUUCCAUAUCUGCAGACGCAACACGAAUGGAGGUUGAAAGGCUAGAGGUUCAAUUCAGCGAAAAGAUCAACCAGCAGCAAUCCCGAUUCAACGUUGAAUUGUCCUCCUUACGAGAACAGUUGCAAGAAGCUGAGACGCAUCGUGAUAUUUUGCAGAGAGAGCUCCAACAAGUUCGAGAUAAAAUUGACUCGACACGCUUGGAAUCACUAACGGACUCCGAAGAAACAAUUGCCGAAUUGAGAAAGCGUCACGAUCGCGAGAAGAAGAUCCUUUUGGACGAUAAUCGAAAGCUCAUAUCUGAAUUGGAAAUGCUCGGUGAAAAUACGCGACGGUUUCAGGCCGAAAGAAUGCAAAUGGACAACGAUUAUGAGGAGCUACGAAGCAAGCGGCAGGCGAUUAGCCAAUGGGAACGUCAAAUAUCCGAAAUAAUCCAGUGGGUCUCGGACGAGAAGGAUGCUCGUAGUUAUUUGCAGGCAUUGGCUACGAAAAUGACUGAAGAACUGGACUAUUUGAAGCAUACAGGUUCAAUGAAUCAAAACACAAACGAUAAGAACUGGCGCAAUCGCCGAUCGCAAAAACUCGAUAAAAUGGAGUUGCUGAAUCUACAAAGUUCGCUGCAAAGUGAAAUUCAGGCCAAGGCGGCCAUUUCGGAGGAGCUUAGCCGAACCAGGGCUGAACUGAUUGCUGCCCAAAAAGAUCUGCGAGAGACCAGACAGCGAUACGAUUCGGUUGGCAGUGAUAUGAAACGAAAGGAAAUGCAAAUACGCGAACUGCAACAACGUUUGGAGAAUGGUGAAGGCUUUUUGGAGCGACCAUCAUCACAGAUGUCUUAUUUAGAUCAUUUUUUGAAAGAAUCUGGUGGUAAUUCGAUUUCAACGCACAAUUCAUCGCCUUUAGCUACUGUACUGCCAUCAUCGAAUUCAUUAUCUCAACCGUCCCAACACAAUACACAGAAUCAAUCGUCUACCAGUUCGUCUUCCAAUAAUAUACAAACUCAGCAAACUUAUAGUACAAAUCCGUUUGUACAUUCGCAACAACAAUUACAUCAACAACACCAGCAACAACAACAGAUGAUCCACGGAUAUUCGCUGGAGAGCGAAGAUGGAGAUAUUGAAGAUAAUCGACAACAUAGUUUGUCUAGCUCGAAGAGCAAUCUCAGCGACAAUUCUAUUGAUCAACCAAGCGUUCACAGUUCAGUAUCAGCCAUUCAGAAACAAAAGAUCCAUCAAUUCCUUGUACGAACAUUUAGCAGUCCAACGAAAUGUAAUCACUGCACAUCCUUGAUGGUUGGCCUUACUCGUCAGGGAGUUGUUUGUGAAUUGUGUGGAUUUGCGUGUCACACGAUCUGUUGUCAAAAAGUACCCACACUGUGCCCUGUACCAUCUGAUCAGACUAAACGACCUCUCGGCAUUGAUCCGACUAGGGGAAUCGGUACAGCUUACGAAGGUUAUGUGAAGGUCCCCAAAAUGGGAGCUGUGAAACGAGGUUGGGUUCGUCAAUUUGUCGUGGUUUGUGAUUUUAAACUGUUCCUGUACGAUAUUACUGCUGAUAGAAGUGCGUUGCCUAGUGUUCACGUAUCACAGGUGUUGGACAUGCGUGAUCCCGAAUUCGCAGUAACUGGCGUCAGAGAAAGUGACGUUAUUCAUGCAGCUAAGAAAGAUGUUCCUUGUAUAUUCCGGAUAACUACGUCGUUAAUCGAUGGUGGACCAUCAUCGCACACAUUGAUGCUAGCUGAUACCGAGUCGGAAAAGGCGAAAUGGGUGGUAGCCUUAAGUGAACUACAUCGUAUUCUCAAGCGCAAUAAUUUACCAAACACAGCAAUAUUUCGUGUCCGUGAAGUGCUCGACAGUUCGUUGACCAUUCUGCGUUGUGCAUUGUGUGCCCUGAUCAUCGAUCCCGAUCGAAUUUUGAUGGGCACUGAGGAUGGCCUAUUUUGCUUAGACUUAGAUCAGAGUGAAAUGGCUCGCAUUGGCGAAAGUAAAAAGAUUAUCCAACUCUGGCACAUUGCCGAAGAACAGAUUCUGGUGAUUUUGUGCGGAAAACAGCGACACGUUCGCCUUCUACCCAUUCGGGCAUUGGAGGCAACGGAUGUUGAAUGGAUUAAAGUGGCUGAAUCGAAGAAUUGUUUGACCGUUUGCACGGGUAUUAUACGACGCAACCCGCAGAUCGUUUAUUGCAUCGUAAUGGCACUGAAGCGUCCCAACAACCAGUCGCAAGUUAUUGUUUACGAAGUGAAUCGGAAUCGAACGCGUCACCACAAAAUGUGCGAAUUUACCGUUGCGUAUCCGGUGCAAAGUUUGCAGGUGUUGUCUGACAUGCGACUUGCCAUUGGUCACCAGAGCGGUUUCACGGCCUAUUAUCUUCAAGGAGAAGCUCAAGCGAUGUCUUUGGUUCAUCCGGAAAACCAAUUAUGUGCAUUCUUAAAUUACUCGGGUGUUGAUGCAUGGCGAGUAAUCGAAAUUCAAGGACACGGCGAAUUCUUGCUCGUCUUUCAAACAUUGGCCAUUUACGUUGAUUUGCAAGGUCGUAAAUCACGUGAUCGAGAAAUAAUGUAUCCUGCUGUGCCGACACACAUAACUUACUGUGAUGGUCAUUUACUAGUCUUCUCGGAAACACAUCUUGAUGUUUUCAAUACCCAAACUGCCGAAUGGGUACAGUCCAUCGGCUUGAAACGAUCGAGACCGUUGAGUCUACACGGUAAUAUUGCGACAACGUUCAUCAAUGAUUCGCCGAUUCUCAUCUACUUUGCCAACAUGCAUACGCGCGAGCUGCUGAAUACAUUUGUAGCUGGUGAACGAGAUGGAAGAGUAAAGCCAAAGCGAAGAUUUUCGUUGAGAGAGUCAAAUAACAGAGCUGGCGCCCGAACAACGGAUCGACGAUCUAAAUUGAUAUCCGCCCCCACAAACUUCAAUCACAUUUCGCACAUGGGUCCUGGAGAAGGUAUUCAGAAGCAACGGCUUCUCGAUCUGCCAACGACAAUCGAAACGGCAGAUCAAAAUACAAUUCAGCAACAACGCAUUUCGUCUACGAUGAGGCAUGCACCGCCGCCACCUCGUGGUCCACCGAGACCAGUAUUACCGCCAUAUAAUGGUUCCAAGCGUGUGGCUCCAGCUAGACCAAGAGAUCAACCACCCUCCUUACCAAGAUCGCCUAGUCCGUUAGGAAGUAUGUCGUCUCUUCACGAUGUUUUAAAGGUUGUUGACUUACAAUCGGGCUCACAACAAAGUGUAGCCAGCAACAAUUCCAGUACAGCGUCUGGACCACCAUCUCCAACCGCAGAUCGGCUUAGCUCUAGUUACGAUUCUUAAUAAAAAACAAAAACAAAAAAAAAACAAAAUUUAACUACGGACACAGACGAAUUCGUAGUAAACCCCCUAUUUAUUCUAACAAGAUUUUGUGUAAUAUUUUUUUUUAUUAUUAAAAAAAGCUUUAUUUAUUAAGUUGUAUAUUUAGUUGUAUAAAUAGUAAACUACUUAUUAACAAACAAACAAAAAAUUUCAAUAAAAAAAUAAUUUUAACUCUAAAAAAACAUUCAUUACACGAGAAGGAUUUUGGUCUUUUAAUUAAAAUACCUAAAAUAAUCAAGCGUCUAGUGAAAAGUGAUUUUUUUUUUGUAAGAUAUAAAAAGCAAACAAAUUAAUCUCAAACAAAACAAUUAGUCUUUUCUACCAAUUAAUAAUGAAGGAAAAAAAAUUAACAAAAACAAAAACAAAUUGCAAUAGAGAAAUGUAGAAUGAGUGAUUAACAAAAUUAAAUUAAUGCGACAAUAAUUAUUCUACAUUUACCUAACUUAAAUUAACCAAUCGUUUUUAGAAGAAUGUAUUGAUUGGUUUGUGUAGCCAUUUAUUGUUAAAAAAAGAGAAGUGAAAGAAAAACAAAACAAAUCAAUACGUGAGUGCUGCUUGUAACCUCAAAUUUAAGUUUUAAUUUUAUUGUCUCUUUUUUGUACGUCCAAUUAAUUUUAUUUUUUACUUUGAUAUAAUUUAUUUUUCUAUUUUUUUUAUACAAUUUUUGUUUUAGUAACAAGGAAAAAGUGUUAUUUUUUUGUAUCAAAACAGCAAAUUCCAUAUUUUAGUGAACUAUUUAGAAGUGGGAUGAACUAUCACAAAAAAGAAAAGAAAGAAAUCUCAUUGACUCGCACUCUCUAAAGCAACUCUAUUUCUAUAAACGAAGAUGUUGUUGGUAACAAUUUGUAACCCUCACGGUUCAUGAUCGUCACAAGUCGUUUCUAACGAUCCUUUUUCUGUCUCCUAAUACUAAGUAAAUUGCGACCGAGAUCGUGAAACUGUAAAUCAUUUAAAAAUUUCUUGAGAAGUGAGGUAAUUUGUUCCAGCUGGAGUUGACGUACACACAUUCUUUGUAUGGUAAACUAUCGAAAGAAGAUUUACGAAUAGUUUCUGUCACUGUUUCGAUCUGAGAGACACAAACAGCAUUUUUUUAUUGGUUGAAAACAUGAAAAAAAUUGCCACAUCUCAUCACCAAACUUUAGCAGCUUAGUCACACUUUUGUGCUCCUCUGGCGAAACAUAAACGAAAAUGUAUUUAAUACAUUUCCUAGGUUGACGUCAUCUUAGACAUUCUUCAGCUUGUGCUUAGAUUAUCAUUGAUAAUAGGGAGCGGGUGUUGGUGAAUUUAGCUGUUGCAAAACCCUGCAAAUUUUAAAAUAAUUCAGCACUGUAAUGCAACUUGAAAGGGAGAUUUCCAGAUCUCGACUAAGAUAGGCUUCAAAUAAUCGAUGAUUUAUCAAUGAUUUCUGAGCGUUCGUCUAUCUCUAUCUGAAAUGUUCUUAUUUCCAUAACCUGAUAAGAAAAACAGAAAUUUCAGUUUGUUUUCAACUUACUUGGUACUGUCUCCUACGCAAAAGUUGUGAUGAUUAAAUUAAUAUUGGAAUCUCUUCUGACUAAUCUCUGAUGACUAAAAGUCGGUAACGCUACUAAAAGGCAAAUGGUUUUCUCAAUGAAAGAAAAAUGGAAUAACAGCAUCCGUUGUUCUCCACAUAAUUUAUUUUUCGGUUUUUUUAAGUCCAUGUCUUGUGAACUAACUUAUGUUUCGUUUUGUAUUAAGUUACUUUGUUUCAAAAUUUAAUAAAAUUCAAUUGGUUACAUCCGAUUUAUUUCAAUUAAAAUAUUUAAAAAAAACAAAAUCCAAAUAUUUAUAUGGCCAAAUAUCCUUCAAAUUGGCAUUUCUAUUUAAAAAAUUAUAAAUUAAUUCUAAACAAUGAAGAAACUGUAAACUACAAAAAUGCUAAUCAAUUACAUACAACUUACAAAAAAAUGUAUUAUUCGAAUAAAGAAACAAUUUCAGUAAAUUAAAUAGGAAAGAAAAACGAACGAAAGAAAAAUUCAUCUUCCAUUCAACAAGAUAAUUUUUAAACACUUGCUAUUAUAACUCUAAUCUAUGUUUGUUGUAUCAUAAAGAAAGAAAAACAAAAAUUAUCCUAGCUACGUAAACGAAAUGAAGAAGAAAAUAAAAGCAAAAUGAAAUAUCGAACGGUUGUUAUAGUACUACUCUAAAACAUAUGGAAAAUUCAGUCUGUAAUUUAGGAAAAAAUUGAAUUCAUUAUCCUGAAUCAUUCUACUAUUCGAAAAUUCGUUUUUUUUUUUCAUUUAAUUAAAAUAUAAUCUCUUUCGUAUUUAUUGAUACUUUACGCUUUACUUUACGUUUAAUGGCAUGGAAAUUACGUUAUCUGGUUCAAGGAAUUAAAGUUUCACCGAAUGGUAAAUGCAAAAAGGUCAACGGUAUUUAAGGUCUUCUCAGACGAAAGUUAAACAAAAGUUCAGUUGUAUGUACCACGAAGGUCUAUUAAAAAUGGAGUGACAAUGAAAUUUGCCGUGUUUGAAUGCUUUCAACAACAUUAGACCAACCUCGAACGUUUUCGAUACCCAAGGUAUCAUCUACGGGAGUUGAAACCAAACUGUUUGGUUUCAACUCCCGUUGAUGAUACCUUGGGUAUCGAAAACGUUCGAGGUUAGUGUAAUAAUUCGUUUUGUUACGUACUUAUUUAUGUGUGGAACAAUAAGGUCAACAAACUCAAAUCUAUUGAUUUAGUUGUUUGUCAUAAAUGAUAAUGUUAACAUUAGACCCUUUUCACAAAGAAUUGUCAAAUAUUUCAACUCAAACAUAGAGCUCUUAAGACCUCAGGUCUUCAAAUUUGACAAUUAAAUUUAUCCGAAAUUGUUGUUAUUAGUAAUUUCAGCUUAUGGUACAAUGAAGUAAAAGUCUAUAAAAAUCGAUUAUCCUUUAAUCGUCAAGCGUAUCGCAAAAUAAUCGUUGGAUCUAUUACAUCAUUUGUUUGAAGUAUCGUCAAAUGUUUUGAUUCAAAGUCUUCCACUUCAUUGUUGUAGCAUAGAUUUUGCUAUAAAACAGAACAUUAGUCUGUGAGCCCUAGAUUUAUUAUUGUCGUUCGUCAUUGUCGAUGUCGUUCGUCAUUGUCGAUAACAGAUGGAUUUCCGACUUUAAGUUGUGAAGUUGUGGGAGGUGCAAUGCUCAAGUGGUUGAAUCAAUUAAAACCCUUUUUUAUUUUGAAUUGCACUAAAACUUUUAUUUGUCCUGACGGGUAGUAUCACCAUAGGCUGAUAAUUGACUUUAAGUUCAAUUUCAAUGAACUAUUUCGGAAAAAAAAUUAAAUUUUUAUAGGAAAGUAAUGAAUACUCUGGUCGAACUUAGACACACACAAUCAACUUUCUUCGGGAUUGUCUAGCGACUCAGCAAAUAUGACACAAAUACCAAGAUACCUAAACUGUUGUUCGUUUUAUAAAUGUUUUUGAAACCUUGCAUUUACAAUAAGCCGAGGGCUGAGCUUGAUAGUUUGUUCAUCAUGAAUGCUAAUUCCUUUGACCGUGGAAAACUAACACGUUUCACAUUGCCCUUGGUUUUUCUAAACAAACUAAAUCGAGUUUUUUUUUUGUGAUAAUUUUAGUACGUUUGAUUUUUCUCAUAAACAAUUAAUCGAAAUUUAUAUUAAUUAGAAACCGAAGAGUUUUCUCUU